CACAGUAGACCAUUAGCUUGUAUAACCAGCUUUUAGGUUCCUCCUCACAUGAAAUCCACCUUCUUAUAAAUACGCAGCCACCCAACAUAACUUCCAACUCUAUUGUAUUAAUGUUGGCUUCCUCUUUCUCUCUGCACUCGCCGACGAGAAUUGAGAAAAGGAAUGAGGCCUGGCUUCGUAUUGAAGGAGUCAUCCGCUCCAUUGGCGACGGGGGAAGCUAUUUCACCCGCGGCACACCCGGCCUGGCGCUCGCCGGUGCCGUAUCUGUUCGGCGGAAUUGCGGCCAUGCUGGGCCUCAUUACCUUCGCCCUUCUUGUUCUUGUCUGCUCUUAUUGGAAGCUUUCAGGUUACGUCGACAGCGCCGAACAUAUGAGCGAGACGGCUGAUUCCGGUGACGGCGGGAGGGAUGUGGGUGUAACGCAGGGGAAGCAGGGGACGGCUGUUUUGCGGCUGGCGGCGUUGGAGAGGAAGAGUCCCCCGCCGCCGCGAAGGUGGAGAAGGGCGGCGGUGACUGCUGCGAGGAGAUGGUGA